UCCAGCUACCGCUACUGCAAGAACAAGCCGUACCCCAAAUCCCGCUUCUGCCGGGGGGUCCCUGACCCAAAAAUCCGCAUUUUCGACCUGGGGAGGAAGAAGGCGAAGGUGGACGAGUUCCCCCUCUGCGGGCACAUGGUGUCGGACGAGUACGAGCAGCUCAGCUCGGAGGCGCUGGAGGCCGCCCGGAUUUGUGCCAACAAGUACAUGGUGAAGAGCUGCGGGAAGGACGGGUUCCACAUCCGCGUCCGGCUCCAUCCCUUCCACGUCAUCCGCAUCAACAAAAUGCUCUCCUGCGCCGGCGCCGACAGGUCGGGGGCACCC